AUGCCACCAAAACGCGCGCGCAAGUCGAACGCGUCUACGCCGGCACCAGCCGUCGACGAGCCACUCCCCGCCGACCGGCUCAACUACGCCGAUACACCGCGCCCGUUCAAGGCGCGCAACUUUGUCUCCAAGUUGCCGCAGCGCACCGCAUCCGCCGCGACGACGGGGUUUAAGCGUAACGUUAAGCAGAUUCUUACGCUCGAGCGCGAACGUGUUGGCGGCGGAGACGGGUUCCUCAGUGCCGCGCAGACUGCUGCCAAGGCUAGGGGAGAGCCGAUCGAACCCGCCAAGAAGAAGAAGAAGGAGAAUCCCGUCGGCAAGAAGAAGAUGCCUCGUCGUAGUGGGUUUAGCACGCCCAUGACCCUUGACGACGAGAGCGUCAUGAGCGGGACGGCGACGCCAUUUGAGGACGACGAGGAGGUCGAGGUCGAGGCUGUUGAGGGGGGGAAGGAGGUCAUCACUUACCACACUCCUUCUGCGCCACCGUCCCUCUUCCCCGCAAAGAAGUACUGCGACAUCACGGGCCUGCACGCGGCCUACACUGACCCCCGAACUAAGCUGCGUUACAAGGGGCUCGAGGUGUGGGGCAUCGGCCCCGGCGUUGACCAGUCGUACCUGGCGCUGCGUGGCGCCCAGACGUCACUCAAGUAA